UGGGGAUUGGAUGGGAUUGCCCCUCGGCACUGAUUAGCAUUUAACCCACUAAUCAAGUCUCUCCUGCCCUCUCUUGUCUCUCUACGAGUACGCAUCUCUCACUAGUGCGUACGAGUACUCCUACUAGUAUCGUCCGUACUAUCCUACUACGCGUACUUGCACCAUUCUACACAACACAUCUACGGUUACUCCGUCCCAGAUAAUUAAAAUCUUCAUUCACCUCCUCUUCUCCUCCCACAAUACUCCCACUCCCACCUCUCUCCACUGGAUUGACACACCGCUACGCCCUCCCCUCUUCGCCCAUCCCUACCUUAGUACCUUAGCCCGCUCCUCCGAGUCGUCCACUGCCGAUCGUUUUUAUCCAGACCUACAAACACUUGCAGUUCCUACUCGACCGUAUCAAAUUCCUCACAACUAGACUUCAACUUUGCAGUACAGUCAUAUACAGUCAUUUGGAUACGAGAAGGUCAGACAAGCUUCGGUCGACGCCUACCUACGCCCACUCAUCCAACAUACGAACAUUUGCGAUUCCGGCUGCCAAUAAUAGAAGCUCUCGCAACGCAACUUACAACUUCAGCUUGCGAAAGAGUUGCCACGGCUUGCUAAGCACCAUUUGACUCUGCCUUUUCUCCGACCCAACCUCAUUCGUAGCUACAGUUAUUCUUCGUCUCAAUUCUUUGACACAUUGAACUUACUCUCGCUCCCAUCCUGAGUCCGAAAUCACAGGCUCAUCCGAAGCAUCUCCAGGAAGCUCUAGCCACUCAGAAAACAUACGUCUGUGAAAUUCAACGCAAUUAGCAGUACUCGUCUAGCAGAAUCAUCGCAUUUAUCGUGGUCCUUGAUCCUCUACACGGAUAGUUUUGCUCUCACCCAAAGACUUCCGGCAGUCAAUAGCGCAUUCCCUAUCGAAAUCCGCAUCCUUCCGGAAUUCCAUAAUCUAUAAUCCAUAUCGCAUACCUCGGGUAGACAUUUGGGAAGGGCGUGGUAGACGCAGCGACAACUACAAUAUCGGAUCAUCGCAUACGUCGUGGGCAAUUUUAGCAGGCAAGGAGGCGUUGGACGUAUUUGGCGAUAAUCGUCCUCGUUCCUCGGAAAGGGAGCUAGUGACUCACAGGCACACUGUCUAAGCUGCAUUACUGUACAGGCCUUGGUUGCCCUACAAGAACGCCAUCAACCCGCUAGAGCAGGCUUUUCCCCAUCGUGCUGUUUGUUUGCUUUCUGGGUACCAAAACAAUACCAGAACCUCAUCAUCAGCGACCAGCAUUGGCUUCUCCGUCACAUUCACACACCCUUCUAACAAGCACCAUCAACUUACCCUGUACAUCUUGAGAGCUUCAUAUUCUCAGUGCCUUAACCACUGCGGAAUUUACGUGCGCCCUUUGUAUUGCUCGCUGCCCUUCACAGGCGUCCAACUUCACUUUGCGCUGGUUGCGCAUCACUAACGGUCACCCAAACAAAGGCGAACCCCCUAAAUCCACCUGCAAAUUCACACCACUCGUCCAAAUUUCGGUGCAUCAUUCUAGACAGCAGGAAUUAAUCCCAGAACACACAUCCUCGCAAUCCCGUCGUCACCAUGUCACUCAUCCAACCAAACCAAACAGGUCAGUCUCCUCUCCUUGUCCUGGCAAUCUAUCUUGGGUGUUCUUGGGCCACCUUGCCGCCUCAACACCAUACCCAGCACCCCAUCCCCACUUAUCAGGGCUAGGACGUAUCAUCUUGUCAAUUGCCCCGUUUCACGCCCAUCCCUAAAUCGCCGUCAUAGCUACUAUAUAGAGCAUGCAUGAACCCGCUGGCUAACAAGACCUGUUUUGCGAAGCAGACUCUCGUUCUUCACCCCCAGCUCUCAACGUCAACCUCUCAUCCAACAACCCCUUUCGCAAUCGUGCUGCAUCACCUGCUUUAUCACCUGCCUUAUCAAACGGUUCCCAACCUCGAUCUCCUUUUGACCCUCCUCCACGACCCGUAUCUCGUAACCCAUUUUUGGAACCAUCUGCUACCAACGUCAUACCACCAGCAGUCGGAUCAGUUGAGAGAAUGGCACCUCCAUCAGAGCCUGCGUCUAGGCAAGCAUUGACUGGCAAUGCAGCAGAACUUUUUGUAUGUCAUCCUGCGCUUCAUAAUUCUGGUACCCCCAUUGAUGCUAUGUGUUGUUGAAUGCUCCAUACUAACUCCUCUCUGCUUAGGAUAAUCUUACACUUGAUGAUAAAUCGUCUGCUAGCAGAACGCCAGCCAGAGGAACGCGCCCACCACAUACAAGAUCAAACACGGAAGGUAGACCAGAAGGUAGACCAGAAGGUAGACCACCACCGCCAUAUAGUUCAGGUAGAGGACGCGGAGAAAAUAUGCCCCCCAGACACCGCAUGACUCGUUCUCAAGAAGAGGCGCUCCGGGCUCGCAAGCCAGGAGCACCCAGACCAUCUCGACCGUCGGAAGAGUUGGAUAUCUUUGCCGACCCUCAACCAUCAGCCAGCAAAUCUGGAGCUCGUCGUGUACGUCGAAAUUCAGAUUCUUCAGUUAUGUCUAAGAAUGGCAGGGCAUUGGAUUCCGAAGACGAAAAACGACGGGCUGAAAGACGAAGACGUGAGCGUGAGAGACGACACCGAGAGAAAGAUGGCAAAGAAUCUUCUUCUAAAGGGAAGAAGCCUGAUCGAAAGUUGGAUGUAAUUGAUAAGUUAGAUGUGACUAGUAUAUAUGGCACAGGAUGUAAGUCGUUCGAAACCGCAAAGUUAACGUCCUUUUUCUGACUUUGGGUAGUAUUCCAUCACGACGGUCCAUUCGACGCAUGCAACCCCCACCGAAACCGAAAAGGUAGCAGCAGAGCUCCUAUGCAAGCGUUCCCUAAGGAUUCAUUGAACAAUGUUCUAGGAGGUGGAGGACCUUUGAACAAGAGACCUGAUCAUGCAACUUUCUUGGGUAAUAACGACGAGGAGGCAUUCAAAGAUUACAGUACCGGCGGACCCGAUAUGAUAAAGACCCACAAAGAUGUGAAUGUUCAUAGUGCUACUACUCGAAUCGAGCCAAUUCAUGGAGAGGAGACCUUGGGUUUGGGAACCUCUACUUUCUUGGAAGGAGCUCCAGCAUCCAGAACUGCAAUGCAGCGACGCGAGAGUGAGACUGCCGCUGCACCAGAGGGAGGCCUUAGUCGCAAAAAGUCUUUGGCGCAAAGAAUCAAGGGAAUCAAUGGACCACGUAGGGAGUAUGGUUCCUCUGGUCGACUCACCAGUCCCGAGGGCAGGAGAUCACCAGGAGUCUCACCAGGAGUAUCCAAAAUCCAUGAAUCUAACCCAUUCUUCGACGAAUUCUCCAAGGGCGACGAUCAGAAGAAGGAAGCUAGUGUCACCGUUGUAGAGCCGGAGAGAAACAUGAGAUCAAGGGCUCCUAGCAACCCACCUCGCGUUGGAUUUGCUGGAAUCGAGAGACGACAAACUGGUGAGGGUCCUUCUGAGCCAAAGACUGGAGGUGGUUUCUUGUCGCGGGUAAAGAGUUUGAAGGGUGGGCCAAGAAAGCCAAAGAACUUGAUCCCAGCCCAAGAGUCAUGAGCUCGUAGUACUGCGAGUAUUUCACCACAUGUAUACCGAGGAGGAAAAGAUCGGGGAUCAUGAUAUCUCGUACUCGUCCUCUUGAUUUCGUUUCGAUCAAGUUUUGCGACUCGGAAGCAAGCCACCUGUAUCGUCUGCGUUGGAUACGAUUUCCUUGAGGCGCAUCGCGCUGGUUCUUGAAAACACCACUUCAUUGUAGAAUUUUAUCCUUUCCUUAUUCUCUCCUUCAGAUCUCGUUCUUCGUGGUGGACACUUUUCUUUGUCUUGUCGAACUUUUCAUCGGGUGCAUUUUCUGGCCUACCGUGGCACACGAAGGCAAAUGACUGGGGAGUUGGCGUACGUUAAGCUUCGUUUCGAUUGUGGAGAUUCUUCAGGACGCGGCUGUAGCGGAGGGAUGUUGAGAGAGAAAGAUGGAGAUGAGAAUACAAGGCAGGUGACUGCCUUUGGAUACCAGAGAAAGAUGGAGGUGUGUGUGAGAAAGAGAGGAGGUGUUUGGAGUUUGUGUAGUUGUGUGUAGUGUGUAGUGGUUGAUAGGGUCUAGUGUGAUAAAUUGAAUUUUUGAUGACCCAAGCCUUUUAAUUCGUUUUUUUUUUAUGGAUGGGCUUAUGGGAUCAGAUAUCUUCUAUCUUAUAAUACUUGCUUGCUACUUGGGGUGUUUUUUUCAUUCCCUUUGCUAUAGUAC